AUUAUUGCCAACCUUCUCUGUAUAGAUCUCUCCGGGGGAAUUUGAAAUCUCUGCCGAUUGAUUCUGAUUUCUGAUAAAGGGUAUCGAAGAUUGGGAAUAAAGGAGAGGGAAUCGGCGGCGGAGCUGCUCCUGCAUGGACGAGCAGAGAACGUUAUAGGAGGAGAGGCGAAGCCAUCGCUACGAUAUCAGAAGAGGAGCAGACGACAACAACAUGUCUGCCAUAGUGUGCGGCAAGAGAUCUUUCUUUGAAGACAUUCCAACUCCCCCUGUUUCCUCUAAGAGAAUCCGCUGUUCUUCCUCUACUUCUCCUAUUCGAUUCUCUCCUCCAAGGCCUAGCGCUGCUACUUCACCAACAUCCAACAACAACUUCUCAUCUUUAUCGUCUGUAUCUGAUCAGAUUGGUUCAGUUUCUGCGGAAGCAUCGACGCACAAUCUCAAUCAUCUCAGAGCUAUUUUCCCUGAUAUGGAUGAUCAGCUUCUUGAGAGAGCACUUGAAGAAUGUGGCAAUGAUUUAGAUUACGCCAUCAAGAGUUUGAAUGAGCUUCGUUUAGGAUCAACAGAUAGAGAGUUAGGUGCUGCUGUAGAUAAAUCUCCACCAAAUAUUGAUUCUCAAAUACCAUCACAAGCAGGUGUACCGAUCAAUAAUGGGGAUGUUGCAUCUUCUGAGGAUCCAUUGGGUUUAGAUAACCUUCAGAUGGAUGGUUCUGAAUGGGUGGAACUAUUUGUCAGAGAAAUGAUGACUGCCUCUAAUAUGGAGGAUGCCAGAGCCCGUGCUUCGAGAGUGCUUGAGGUUUUGGAGAAGAACAUUCAUGCCCGUGCUGGUGCUGAAGCAGCACAAAGUUUUCAUAAGGAAAAUAUGAUGCUGAAGGAACAAGUGGAAGCACUGAUCCGGGAGAACACCAUUCUGAAACGCGCUGUAGCUAUACAGCACGAACGUCAGAAAGAGUACGAAGAUAGGACCCAGGAAUUGCAGCAUUUGAAGCAGUUGGUGUCUCAGUACCAGGAACAGUUGAGGACACUUGAGGUGAAUAACUAUGCCCUGACAAUGCAUUUGAGGCAGACUCAGCAAAGCAGCUCCAUCCCUGGCCGUUUUCAUCCUGAUGUCUUCUAGUAAUUUAACAUUUUAUGAGGGGGAGAUAAGGGCGACAGCUCCAGUUAAUAUCAUUUAUUCAUCUCGUGUUCUGUUGUUGAUCUGUGAUCACCUGUCUUUGUGUUUAUAUAAACAGAAUUUAAAAAUAUUCCUGGUGUACUUGCCAGCUGAGGCCAGCAACUUGUUUUAUUGCGGCCCUCUUGAAGCCUUGGCAAGCUUCUUAAUCUAAAUGCCUGUUAGAUUCAUGAACGUCAAGUAGAGUGCUUGUUCG